AUGCCUCGCCUCAAACUUCCCCACUGGCUCGUAUCCUGCCUCGUGUGCCUUCCAGGCAUUAUUCUCUUGUGCGCGGCGCCUGUCACCAUGUCGUCAGGAUUCGCGUUCACGGACAAGGAUCUCGCCGUUUUCUUUCCCCGAAUUCCAAGGGACUCACGUCCCGCCACUGCUCAGCUGACGUCGAGCCAAUCGCAGGGAAUCAUAUGCAUGCAAAUAUCAGUACGACGCCCUGAAUUCCCGACCGUUUUCCGGGUGAUUAUAGCGGGAAGCGUGGAUCCUCCAACGCGGGUGUCGCUGUGGGACAACAGAACUCUCGCCACGGGCGGUGAUCAGUGGAAGCUGGUGGCGCCGGGAGUGUGGGACUUGGCACACGCUUCCUACUGGCCUGCUGGCAAUCCCUCCUCCUGGCCCGGCCCCGACACGAAAACGGUCACGGCUACACACGCCGGGGUGAAUGGCGGGACGCUGGAGGCGUCUGGAGCGCUGGUUUUACAGAUGGAAACGGGUGCUUAUGACACAGUCACGGAGCAAGGACUGCUGCCAUCCAUGGCAAGCGGCCGAUUCCAAGCCAUGUUCUCCGGCGACGUGGCAGGGGGGGCCAAAAUCCGCAUCGCCGCCAGCAACGACAGCAAGGUCACUCUGGAGGUGCACCUGGUGUUCACGAGGGGCGUUACCGCCAACACAGGCGUCUCCAUCGUGGGUCAGGUCGGCGCCGACACGUCUGACCCGCUCCCGCUCGCAUGCCCCUUCAACACGCCACUUUUGGACGCGAUAGGAAUCGUUAUUCCAGGCGUGUUCACUUGCGUCAAGACCAUCGACGUGAAUAUUCCCGCAGAAACCGCCAGCAAGCCCAAGGUGCUGGGACUGCAAAGGUUUAUGGCUGCGCUGGUGGGAGCUACCCUGCCGGGUGAUUACCUGGCCUCAACCUUCACCCUGACAGUGAAUGGGCAGAGCGAGAAUCUGUACUAUAGUCUGUAA